GCUGGGAUGAAACUGACGCUGGCAGAUGCAGAUUUCAGCCUGACCCCAGCAUGGUCAGCAGACUCAGUACAUCACGUACAGCCAUGACCUGGUAUACCCAGUCCCAUCAUUCAAUGAUCAUUGACAAGCAAAUGGCCCCCUUGGGCCCCUUGUGCCUAUGAAACUGACGCUGGCAGAUGCAAAUUUCAGCCCACCUCUGCAUGCAUUGGUCAGUAGACUUAGUACAUCACAAACAACAACCAUGGUGGCCCCCGUGUACCCAGUCCCAUCAACCAAAUGGUCCCCUUGUGCCCAUAGUAAGCUCAAGCUCAAGCUCAAGCUCAAGCUCAAGCUCAAGCUCAAGCUCAAGCUCAAGCUCAAGCCAUUUCGCAUGCUGGUGACCAACACGGCGCCUUCGGUCGAUCUCAAGAAGAAGACUUUGCCAGCCUUGAAGCUCGAUGGGGGCGAGACCAAAGAAGCUGUAGCGACUCGAUAUCCGCCGCGGCAUUUGGCCACAGAGAGGGAGAAUCCGGGGGAGAGGGAGGCCUCGGACGCGCAACGCCGUUCGUCGAAGCCGGGAGCGCAGCGGGAGGUGGCGGGGGUGCCGCACACGCGGCAUGCGGUGCUUGGGCUCAACUGCGCAGCGCUGCGGACGGGCUUGCGCACAACACCCUCCACCCAAUCAACGACGGAACUGACACUUAAAACAGACGAGGAUGCACGAGAACGUCGAGAAGAAGAAGAAGUGGACCAAGAGAAGGACAAGCCACAAGAAGAAGAACAAGGAGAAUUGCAGCAGCAACUACAACAACAACUGGUCGAAGAAGAAGAAGAAGAAGAAGAAGAAGAAGAAGAAGAAGAAGUCUGUGAAGGAGAAGAAGAAGAAGAAGAGGAGGAGGCGGAGGAGAAGGACGAGGAAGAAGAAGAAGAAGAAGAAGAAGAAGAAGAAGAAGAAGAAGAAGAAGAAGAAGUGUGUGAAGAAGAGGAAGAAGAAGAGGAGGCGGAGGAGAAGGACGACGACGACAAAGAAGAAGAAGAAGAAGAAGAAGAAGAAGAAGAAGAAGAAGAAGAAGAAGAAGAAGAAGGAGGGGGAGGAGGAGGAGGAGGAGGAGGAGGAGGAUAAGUAGGAGGGAAAGGAGGGGAGGAGGAGGAUAAGGGCGAGAAGGAAUUUUGUUCUGACCUGCCGUUAGGAUGUACUUGGAGUCGAUAAUAGUUCCUCCGCAAAAAAGUUUUUCACCGCCUGUUGCUGUGCGAUUAAGGAGAGCGACCUGGUAAGGGUAUCUUUUCAUGGAUUCGGGCUGAAAUCCCCCAAAAAUUCUUGGUGCUUCCUGUCCUUCACUGGGAGGAGCUGCCGCCUCGCCCGAAACUCCAUAGCCUUCGGAGACGAGUGGGCAUUGUUGCACACAGAUGAGGAGAACUGAGAAUAUGGUCCAACUGAGA